GCACCUCCCCUGUUGGAUGGGGUAACCCUGGUGCCUGUAGACACAUACCUAGAUGAAAGGGAAGCUGGGGACCCAGGAACAGCUGAGUUCCUGACACAGCCACCCACUGGACAGUCACCAUGGUGCUUCUGCUGGGCUUUCUGCUCCUGUGGGGAGUCCCAGAUUUCACUGGAAGUGUGAACAUCACUACUCCAGAGCAGACGAUUCAGGAAGCCCAAGGGGAAACUGUCCACCUGCCCUGCAUGUUUGUCCUUAACCGCGAGGACCAAGGACCACUGGACAUCGAGUGGCUUCGUCUUUCGGGACCCAAUGACCAGGUGGUGGACCGUGUGGUUAUUUUAUAUUCUGCAGACAAAAUCAGUGAUGACGUCUAUCCAGAUCUGAAAGGAAGAGUGCAUUUUACCAGUCAUGACAUCAGGUCUGGGGACGCAUCCAUAAAUGUAACAAAUGUUCAGCUAUCAGAUGCUGGCACCUAUCAGUGCAGAGUGAAAGAAAACCCCGGCACUGUGAAUAGGAACAUUAAGCUGGCUGUCACUGGUUUCACUGGAAGUGUGAACAUCACUACUCCAGAGCAGACGAUUCAGGAAGCCCAAGGGAAAACUGCCCACCUGCCCUGCAUGUUUGCCCUUAGCCCCGAUGACGAAGGACCACUGUUCAUUGACUGGAUGCAGCUUACAGGACCAGAAAAUGAGGUGGUGAACCGUAUGUUUAUUGUAAAUUUAGCAGACAAAAUUUAUGAUGACUUCUAUCAAGAUAUGAAAGGACGUGUGAAAUUUACUAGUAAUGACAUCAGGUCCGGGGACGCAUCCAUAAACAUAAGCAAUGUUCAGCUGUCUGACACUGGUACCUAUCAGUGUGGAGUGUUCCAGGGCUCUGGGGCCGUCAAGACGAUCAUUCAACUGACAGUUGUUGGCAGAAAGUGUUUGUUUUCUCUGGUUACAUUUACUGCUUCAUUAUGAACCAACUGCUUCAAAUACAGGCCAACCCAUCUGCGCAUGCAAGAGACACGUGAAAACAAACCCACCGUGGGACACAGCGACAGCACCAUUUUAUUUUACAGUGUUUACUACAGUCAAGGUUACUGUGGUGAGAUGUGAGUGGGUUUGGUCCAUAUUUUAUUUUCCAUUUGAGUUAGAAACAUUUUACAGUAGUUAAAAAAUAAAUUUUUGUGAUUCCACAUUUUUCUUGACCAUUGGAAUAUUACAGUUUCAAGUAACAAAUGAUAAAAAUAAAAACAUUGCAAACUAAA